ACGCCUUUUAAAAAUUUUAGCCAGGCAUUUUUAAAGCCAGCACGUUGGGGUCCUCUUUCGCUCGAAUGGAGAUGCAAACCAAACAAACACAACUCGGUUGCUUAAACAACUAUAUUUUGCGAUAACUGAGUGGCUUUGUAAUGUGCAGUAAAUUUUACUGUUACACUGACCUCAACAAUUAGUUAAUAAUAUUGUUAGUUGUGUUUUUAAGUAGAGAAGUAACGACAGAGCUCAAUGCUAGCGUAGCUAGCUUGAUGUGUUGUCAGGCAGACGUACAGUUUUCAUUUAAGGAAUGGAUGGUUAUCCCGCUGUAAUCGACAGUGACUCUACGAAGCAACAAGAAAGACAUUAUUACCUCUUAUCUGAGCUCCAAACCUCCUUCCAGCAACGUUUGUCCUACAAUACGCUGAGUGACCUGGCCCUGGCACUCAUAGAUGGGACAGUGUACGAGAUUGUUCAGGGACUUUUGGACAUUCAGCAUCUGACAGAGAAAAAUCUGUACAACCAGAGGCAGAAGCUACACUGUGAACAUCAAGCUCUCAAACAAGACUUACUGCGAAAACACAAAGAUGCUCUGCUGUGUUGCAAACCUCACAACCUUGCACUUCUCAAGUCAAACCAGCAAACUGAACUUGAGAUGUUAGAAAUGCGAGUUCGAGAGGAGCAACAGAUGAUGGAUAAGAAGAUAGUGGCAGAAAUUGACCAAAAGGUUCUCGAUCAGCAAAACACUUUGGAGAAGGCUGGAGUUCCUGGUUUUUAUGUCACAACCAACCCUCAGGAGUUAACAAUGCAGAUAAACCUUCUUGAGUUGAUGCUAAAGCUUCAACAGAAGGAGUCUCAAUCUGGACUGCAGUGAUUGCAGACUUCGUGCAGUUUGAGCAUCAGAUCUUAUAUACACUGUACGUACAUCGCUGGUGAAGAAAAGUUAAGCCCAGAAGAAAACUGAACUGCCUGUCUAUAAGGAUAUAAGGUGCACUCAAAAGCCAGGUUGUAUAUUAAAAGCAUGCAACAAUUGUUAAUUGAAAAGUGCAAUUGGGAACUGUCUUCUUUAGUUCUUUUGGUGUAAAUGUUUUUUGCCUUUUAGUUUGGAGAAAGUAACUGCACAGUUGGUUCAUUUGCAUUUUUUAUUUGUAUAUCAAGAACUUAAUAAAAUAUUUGAUUUGCAAAUAUA